AUCUUCUUCAAAAUAAUACUGAAUAUAAUGCCUGUUUGCUUGAAGCAACUUCUGUACAGACAGAACACCAACUACGACAGCUUUUUGCAACUAUACUUUUAUUUUGCCAAUCUGUAAAACCUGAGUUAUUAUGGAAUAAUCAUAAAAUUGCAUUAUAUGAAGAUAUUUUAUAUCGAGCUCAUAUGCAAUUACAAGAUCUUGAAGAUACAAAUAAUAUUCCUGCUACAAUUGAAAAUGAAGCUCUUACUCAAUUAGAAAAUAUACUUUUACUAAAUGGAAAAUUUUUAAAAAAUUUUCCUGAUAUGCCAAUUCUCUCUAUUACUUCAAAUAUCAGUAAUAAUGAAGAAGAAUUAAAUCAUUUAAUAUGUGAAGAAAGAUCUUACAAUAUAACAGACUUAGAAGCCAAAUCACAACACAAUAUACCUUUGUUAAAUAAUGAUCAACGUGCAGUAUUUGAUGCUGUCAUAAGAGCAAUUGACAAUAAAGAAGGAUAA